AUGGUUCAUCUGUGCUUAAGCCAGUUUAGCUCUUACAUCCUCAACGGUCCUGCUGUAACUCUGGAAAGGUUGCUCUGUCUACCGGCAGAGUCCUCCACCCAGCUGGGGGAGGGGCCCGAGCCGAGCGAGACCUCACACGACAGCAUUCGCUCAUCUGACACGGUCCGGCUUCGGCGUUCCUGCCAGCCCGCACACAGUCGCACCAAACACCACUCUGGAUCCAACGUGAGCUUCAGCCACGACACUGAGGGAGGCGAGGACGACCAGGCCCAGGACGUUGCAAUGGGCUGUCCAGAGGCGGAGGCAGAGGACUUUGUGUGUGACUACCACCUGGAGAUGCUGAGCCUGUCACAGGACCAGCAGAACCCAACCAGCAUCCAGUUUGAUCAUCUCUCCUGGCAGUGCCACCUGCCCUCCCUCAAGCCACUGGGCCUCAACAUCAUGCUGAACCUCUGCAAUGCCAGCGUCACCCAGCAGCUCUGUCGCUUCUCUGACCACCUGUCCAACCUGGCUCUGCAGGAGAGCCACGGCUCUGUACUGCCUGUCUACGUACCCUGGGGGCUCUGUGAGCUCUCCAGGCUCAUAGGAUUCACUCCCGGUGCAAGGGAGCUGUUCAAACAGGAGAACCACUUGGCUCUGUACCAGCUGCCAUCUGGAGAGAAAACCAAGGAGUUAACCUCCCGCCACCUUCAUUACUUCACCAAACGCCAGCCUCCCAUGUCCCACCUCAUCUCUCUGUUCGUACGAGACUCCUCCUCCAAUAACAUCCAGAUGCUGUCACAUGGUUCGGCUGACCUCAUCCUGGAAGCCUGCACUGACUUCUGGGAUGGAACUGAUAUCUACCCCCUGUCGGGCUCAGACAGAUUUCCAGCCCACAGACAGUGAUGUGCCCAGCUUCCUGGAGGACUGCAACAGGGCCAAGCUACCUCGUGGGAUCCACCAGGUCCGUCCUCAUCUGAAGAACAUUGAUAAUGUGCCUCUUUUGGUGCCACUCUUCACUGACUGCACCCCUGACAGU